AUGAGCGGAACUAUUGAACAACCUUCGUCCUCUGAAGACGUUCGUGCGUUCCUUCCCGCUAGCUCUGAAAAGAUCUUGACUACAACAGGAAUGUCACAGCCGCCACUGUCGUCUUCUGUAGCAGAAAAAGAUUCCCACUCGGCUUCAAUUUUCCAACAAGACAAUAACAAUAGCGACAAUAAAAACAAGAAUAAUAGCAGCGAAAGUUUGUCGUCUUUGCAAAAACAAAUGAACGAGACUUCUUCCAACAUAUAUAGUAAUUUCGACAAUCAAAGUUUUAGUCUUUCUCAGAAUAAUAAUUAUAAUGUUAAUAAAUCAGAUAUACAUUUUACACAACCACCAGAAUUGGAAAAUAAAAAUACAAAUGUUGUUCAAGAAGGAAUAGAUAAACAAGAAGCAGCAGCUUUUUCGCAACGUCAACAAGAACCUAAUGAUAAUGAUAUGGCAUAUUUCUCCCAACAGGGACAAAAUUUUUCUACUAUAUCACUGGGAAAUAAUAAUCAAGCAUUUGUUGAUAAUGGUCCCAAUCAGUUACAAAUAGAACAUCAUAAUACCGUCAACGUCACAUUUUCUUCCGCUAUUUCCAACUCUACUUCCUCUUCAUCCUCUAUGAAAAGAGACGAUGCUGAAAAUGUGCAUCAUUAUAAAUUGUUGCAGCAUGAGCAAGGACAUUCCAAUGAACCAAAUGAUGAUAAUAAUCAUAAUGUAAAGCAUGAAGAUGAACCAAUGAGCAUUUUUGGCGAAGAUUUGGUAGAGACUCCGCCCAGUAAUACUACCCUAAAUUCAAAUCAAGAAUCAUCAUCAUCGAUAGAGACCCCAAAAGUAUCCGAAGCAACUAAUGUUGGCACAUCAUCGUCGUCAUCGUCUCAUAUGACAGCUUCUGUAUCGCCAAACCCCAAACCAGAAGUUAAUAAUUAUAAUCAUAAUAGUAUACUUAAUGUUUCAGGAAUAGUAGCAGAUGCCAAUACCUCUUCCGCAGAACAAGAAUCUGAAUUAGCGCACCCAUCAGAUCAUUUUGAAAACAAAGACCCUUCUGCUGCUAUUUACUCGCAUACUCAUAAUAAAUCAUCUGUCGUCGAUGAAGAUGAAAAUAGUAAUAAUAAUUUUGAGUCUCGUAGAUGGCGAAAUAAUCGUCAUUCGAGCUCCCAUGCUGACAGUGAAAAAACUGAAAAUAACAGUAAACCUAGUGGUGGUGGUUUUACUAUACGCCGAAUAUCAGAUGCUGAAUUUCAAGCUUUACCUGUAGGAUCUCGUUUGUUCCUUGGGAAUUUGUCGACGCAUUCCACCUCAAAACAAGAACUCUUUGACAUAUUUUCCCCGUAUGGAGAAAUUUUACAGAUAUCAAUUAAAAAUAGCUUCGGGUUCGUACAAUAUGAUAAUCCGGAAAGAUUAGAAGUAUCACAUGGCAAACCUUGGCAUCAUGCUUCACAAGAUGACGGAGGAUUCAAAGGAGGUCGACAGAAUAGCAGAGGCGGUUACAAAGAUGAUUGGCAUCAACAUGAACGAGGUGGGUUUUCGCCAACCCGUGGGCAUCAUGGACAGCAGCAAGCUUUUCCACCGGAUCGUCGCUAUGAUGAAUUUGAGCGUAGUCGACAGCAAGAACAUAAAAUUGACCGUCGUGCAUCCUAUGAUUCUCGGGGUAGCAACUAUGAAGACCAUCGAGAAUAUCGUGGUGGUGAAGAAUUUGAAUUUCGUGGUGGAAAUCGUAACGAUAGGGGAGGAUACCGUCGCAAUUCGUAUCGUGAUGAACAUCGCGAAGAGCGAUAUGUUAAUCGUGCGAAGCCUUAUAGAAUUCCAUCUCGUGAAUUCAAUGAAAGAAGACCAAGUCGUGAAUUUUCUUAUCUGCCGGAAUGUCAAAUUAUCGUUUUGGAUGAGAUUGAAAGAAAUAUGUUAUGGGAAGUUGAGCGUGCUUUUACUGAAGCAUCGAUUUCCGUACAUAGUAUACAUUUAUCCAGGAAGAAACUUCAUAUUAACGCUGUUAUACGACAAAUGAUCGUCGAAGGUGUUCAUGCUAUGGUUUUCCUUGAGAGGAUGCUCUUGCUUAAUGGAAGAGUUAACGUGCAAGUAUUUGAUCAGUCAUUAAGAACACGAGAUGCCAAUGUAAAAUAUGAUGAAUACGAAAACAUUAGAAUAGAUGAAGCAGUUGCUUUAAUUUUAAGAGCGCGUACUUCCCAACCCCCUCAGCAACAACAACCAGUCCCACCUCCAUCUAAUAUGCCGCCAACAGGUGGACAAGGAAUACCUUCUAUGCCAAUCAAUAAUCUCGGAGGUGUUAUUCCUCAGCAAGCACAACAACCUUCGCCAGUUGCUGCUGGAAUGUUACCCCCACAACAUCAACAACCGCCACCAAAUCUAGAUGUACAGCAAAUAUUGAGACAACUUGCUCCCCCACAAAAUGCUCCUCCGAUGAAUAAUCAUCACCAAAACCCAUAUAUGUCAAUGCCACCACCUCCUCAUUCUCAUCCACAUCUGAAUCCAACUAUUGUACCCUCUUCGGGCCCAAUUUCUUACAAUGGACCAAUGAUGGGUCAACCUCCAUUAAAUAAUCCUCCCCCACCAAUUGCAAUACCUCCGCAUAAUGCUUUAGCACAACCACCUCAAUCCUCUCAAUAUGGAUCUCCAGUCGGUGGCCCAACACCUAAUAUACCUGAUAUUAUGUCACAAUUUAAACAGUAUAGUAAUCAACGUUAA